CUGUCAUUUUCUCCCACAUUAGGAUUUAGGACUAUUGCGCCACAAAGUCCAACUCCCUGCAUUUGUAAAAUGCAAUUUAAAAGAAACCUAUGCGCUACAAAAUAUGAUUCGAUUGUGUAGUUGCGACACGUCUCGAAUACAAUCCCAAUUAUUACUGUGUGAUUAAUCUGACAUAAUAAUAAUUAUAAACAUUUCUCUUUUUUAUAAGGAACAUGCAAUGCAAUCGGGAUUUGAUAUUUCGAUGGCAUUCGUGAAUCUGGUAUUUCACGUUGAGUACUCUGUAUGCAUUGUUUAUGAUGGCUGCUGUGCAAACAGCUGUCCAGGAACACGUUUAACUAGAAAAAGAUUGAGGAAAUUAAAGAAUAAUGUUUAUCGACCUCUUAUAGUAACUUAUUUUUUCAAAGAUGGGCACAGAGGAGUACCUUUAACUCUGAUUAUUAAUCUUACCACGUUCAGAGUUAAUACAUAAUUAUUUCUAUGAACUCUGAAUUUUUCCCAACUAAACUCUUCAACAUUUUAUUCUCUUGUACAUGUCCCUCAAUUUUCAAAAUUAUCCUAACCUAAUGCUUUCCGUUAAUGCACAAUUUAGCCUCUGAAAUUUGUGGAAUUACUCGUUGACGACUUGAGAAAUGAGCUAAAUGGAAUUUGUGGAAUUAAUGCACAAUGUAGCCUCUGAAUUAUGAUUUUCCCCCUACCAAACCUCUCAACAUCAAUUUUUUUUCCUGAAGAAGCACCUUAACUUCAAACUUAUUCUUGAUGAUACUAUUUCCAUCAAUUUGUAGUUAAAUCCUUGCUAAUGAAACAUAUAAUACGACCAAAAUGUCCGUCUUUGUGUAUUUUGUAGUAACUAGUACGUUGCGUUUUGGUUUAGUAUUAGAGCUUGUACUCUUUAUUGGACAACAAAUUUGACGCAUGUUUUCACACAAAAAAUUGACUCAUUGAUUGUAUAUAAUAUAUAAUUUGCAUUACAUAUGCAGUUCAUAGAGGCCCAUUGUUUCGAUGUGAAAUAUAUCAAGUAAAGACGAAGUUGAUAAUCUACCAAAGUAACUCUCUGGAUAUAGAGAGCUUCACGAAGAAACCACACCAAAAAACGAAACGUUUAUGGUUUCCUUCCACUUAACUUAAACAAAGAGACAAAGCGACAAAGCGACUUCGUUGUGGAGUCUUGAAGUUUACCAUUGAAUGGAUUGUUAUCGUGACGAAUGCUCUGGUGACACGUGUUCUUUUACCAUUACUGUUAUUUAAAUUUCACUUUUCCAUUUCUUUUUCUACUGUUUUAUAUCGUGAAGAACACUCCUUGGUUUUGGUAUAUAAGAAAAGGAAGAGAGAUCCCUCCCUCUGUUGCGCAUUCCAUCCCGUCGUGUCGUCUUCUUCUUCUUUCGCUAAACCCUAGCUUCAACUAGUUUGUUAUGUUAUCAGAGCGGUUACCAUUCCAGUAACUUUAAAUGGAGACAACACCAACUAGUCCCCUCGUCGGUGCGCAAUCUGAAACAACGAGCAACAACAACAACGAUCGCCUAGAUCCUCGAUUCAGUAAUCCCUAUUACAUAAAUCCGAAUGAAAACAUUUCAUAGUCCAUCGUUUAAGACUCUUGAUGGAUCUAACUACCAUAUGUGGCAAAGAGCCACCAGAAUGGCUCUCAAAGACCAAACACAAAAUUGGUUUAAUAGAUGGCUCGAUUCCAUCUCCAUUAGUAGGAAGUCUUAAUUAUAUCACAUGGGAUGCUUGUAAUACCUUGGUAUUGUGUUGGAUUUUAAAUUAUGUUGAUAAAGAUAUAAGGAGAAGUGUGAUACAACAUGAAGUGCUAGAACCCUACGGGAACAGCUCAAGGCACGAUUUGGGUACACAAAUGCUAUCAAGUUGUCUAACUUGCAAGACCAAAUACUUGCCUAUAAGCAAGGAAACCUUAAUGUGACCCAGUACUAUGCUGCUCUAAAGUGUUUGUGGGAAGAACAUCUCCAAUUUAGCGAUAUUGUCGAUUGCGAUUGUGUACCACAAAGAACUCAACCAUGUGCUGCAGUAGAGGCAUUCAAGCAGAAACAUGAGAUUGACUAUCUCAUUCGUUUCCUAAAAGGGCUUAGGCCAAAGUUCGGUGUAGUCCAUGCCCAAAUUUUGAUGAUGAAGCCUCUUCCUACAGCUGAGGUAGCUAUUAAUGAUGUUCUGCAGCAUGAACAAAAGUUGAAGAAAGAUAGAGGCAUUACUAGAAGUGUGCAAACAGUUGCACUUGCUGUCCGAGGGGGUUCCCAAGAAGGGAGGAAAUUUUCUAGAUGCUGCAAGAAGGAGAAUCAUACUACGGAGGAAUGUUGGAGGCUAAAGAACAAGAAGCUUAGAAUUUAUGGGGGAGUUGCUGCAUUAGUACCUCAAGGAGAGUCCUCUACUGACAGUGACACAACAAGUUUAGAUUCCAAACUGAACUCCAAGACUCGAAGUGUCUUUACUAAGGAGAAUAUGAACUUCUCAUAUGAAAAAAUGCAUAAGCUCAGAUACUUGUUGCAGUUUGUUCCUUCUCCUAGUCCUUCACCUCUAGCUUCACCUUCUGUAAAUCACCUAGCUUUCUUUGUGGCUCACAGUAUCUCUCAGUUUCCAAACUAUGUUGGUAAGUUCAUUCUAUCUUCCUUCAUGCAGCAUAAGGCUGAAUCUCUAGCUCAUAGUUGGAUACUUGAUACAAGGGCUUCUAAUCACAUAGCCUGUAACAUUGCUUUUUGUUCUCUGAAGUUUUCCAAUUCAAGAUCAAUUUCUCUAUCUUCCAAAUGGGACUAGAGUUGUUUUUAGCCAUAUAGGGAAGGUUCAUAUUUCUCCUGACUUAGCCUUAGAAAAUGUGCUCCUAGUGCUUAGAUUCACCUUCAACCUGAUCUCAAUUAGCAAAUUGACGGAUGAUCAACCUUCAUCCUUACAUUUUGAGUCUGUUCUUGUCAAAUUCAAGACCCGAUGACCAAGUAAAGGACUGGUUUGGCAAGACAUAGUAGAUGACUAUAUCAACUACACACCAAGAACAAAGCACCUCUCUUACCUACCCCACAAGCAGUCACUUCUUAUAAUUUUCGACCACAAGAUAUCCAACUAUGGAACUGGAGACUAGGACACCCCAACAAAGGCAAAGAGAAGCAAACACUACCUUGUAAUAGUGGUGUAGUUUCUAUUGUGAUCUUGUCAUUUUGCCAAACAUAAGAGGCUUUCCUUUCUUGUUAGUACUAGUAGAGCCCAUGAUGCUUUUGGAUUGAUUCAUGUAGACAUUUGGGGGCCACUAGCUGCUAAAUCCCAUGAAGGAUUCUCCUAUUUCCUUACUGUUGUAGAUGAUUUUUCCACAGUUGUUUGGGUAUUUCUGAUGAAGUUUAAAUCUGAGGCUAGUCUUUCAUUGCAAUCCUUUUGCACUAUGGUUGAAAGGUAGUUUUCAAAAUCUGUUAAGAUUAUCAGAAUUCAGAAAUGAUCAGGCUCCUGAGUUUCACAUGGCUGAUUUCUAUAGCCGUCAUGGAAUUGAACACAAACAGUCAUGUGUUGAAACUCCAGAACAAAAUGUUUGAGUGGAAAGAAAACAUCAACGUAUCCUUAAUGUUGCAAGGUCUCUUCAUUUUCAAUCUGGUGUUCCACUAACGUUCUGGAGUGAUUGUGUUCUACAUGUUGUUUAUUUGAUAAACAGACUUCCCACUACAACUCUUGAUGACAAGUCUCCCUAUGAGGUUAUUUACAAGAAACCACCUUAUCUCACUGGUUUAAAGGUCAUUGCAUCAUUUUGCUAUACUUCUACUCUGCACAGUGAUAGAACUAAGUUUGAUUUCAAGGCCAGGUAGUGUAUCUUUAUUGGUUUUCCAGCACGCAUCAAAGGGUUCAAACUAUUUGAUCUUAAUUCCCCUUCUUUCUUUGUCUCCAUAGAUGUGACCUUUUAUGAGUCCAUCUUCCCAUUUCAAACUUCUUGCUCUUAUAGUAGUUCUGCUCCCCUUCUACAAGAUCCUAUCUCACUUUAGUUCACAUUCAUUCCACCAACAUAUCCUAUUCAAUCUCCAAUUCAGUCUGCAAAUGCUCCUUUACCACCAACUCCUACUUCUACCUCUUUACCUGACAUUCCUUCCACUUAUACAUCUACUCCUUCUACGUCCAAAUUAUGUUACUCCUGAAGUUGGUUCUCCCAUUCAUUUGCAUUCUUAGGGGGAGUAUAUUGAGAUUAAGGUCUAUCCUGGUCCUAAUGAUACUGAGUUCUUGAGAAAAUCUACCAGGAAUCACACCAAACCAAUUUGGCACAGAGAUUACCAUGUAAGCAUGGAUGCUUCCAGUAGCAAGCAACAUAUCUCUCAUCAUGUUGGUUGUGAUCACCUUACUGCCUCUCAUAAAGCUUUUGCUUUAAG